AGUAAGCAAAGUACGAUAAAGCCGGUUCUUUCUCGGCAUGUGUUUUCCGCCGGCCCUCGUUCGCCGAAGGCAACCUCACGACGCGACGCCUCUACUUCCAGGGCGAGAAUUCGACGAUAUUACGAAAAUGCCAUCAACCUUAACACCUCUCUCGCCGAGUUCCGUGUCUCUCCCUCAGAUCGAGUCACGGUGACCCGCUCGUCGUCAGAGCACAUUACAGAGUACACCGAGUCCGCGACUCGUUCACCGAGUCACUCUCCCUCCACUCGCGUCUCCCUCCCUCUACGCCGCUCUCCCUCGUCAAUUCCGUAAACCGCCGUAAACUGACGGUUGACGCUGUUUUAUCUCCCCACGCACGGGACCGGUCGCGUGAAUUCGGAUGCAAAUCGGGGUCAAUGAUCCCCAAAUUCACGCUCCUAUGGCUCUUCUUCACCUUCUCCCUCUCUUCCCGCGCCGAUCCCGGUCGGAGCUGCUCCAACUCGAGCUACCUAGUCGGGUUCGAAUCCGAGCUGAGCAUGGUCCAGCAUCAAUUGCGCGGCACGGUCAAGGUCAUCGACAACUGCUCCUUUAGGGUUUCUCAGUUCGACAUGCUGUCGGGGUUCGACGUGCACUGGUGGGGCGCGAUCGCGCCCGAUUUAGGUAACAUGACAUCUGGUUACGCUAUCUCUGAUCAAGUUUUGAAUCGGACGUACAAAAAUGAGUCUUUUACCGUUCGUUUAAGGAGUAAUGUUAGCUGGGAUCAGAUCCCGGUUCUUGCCGUGUGGGACUUGCCCACGGCGUCGGAUUUUGGGCAUGUGGUUUUUCCGAAUACAUCGGAAGCGAGCCCGGCCCCAAGCCCGAAUCCCGGGGAUGGGCCAGUUAGGGUUUAUAGGCAGCCGACGAUGUUUGAGAACUGUAAAGUGUUGUCUCCUAAACAUCGUGUGCGGUGGACAUUGGAUGUGGAUCGAGAUGUUAUUGAUAUAGGGUUAGAAGCGGCGAUUGGGACACAGAAUUACAUGGCUUUUGGGUGGGCAGACCCGGAAGCCUCGUCUGAUUACAUGAUUGGAGCUGAUGUGGCGGUGACAGGGUUCACAGAGGAGGGCAUUCCAUUCGCGGAUGAUUAUUUUAUUACGAGGUACAGUGAGUGUACAAUUAAUAAGGAUGGAAAUGCAAAGGGAGUCUGCCCUGAUACGAUAUAUGAGCCGAGCGACGCUGUUGCUGUGAAUAAUACUGUGUUGGUGUAUGGGCAUAGAAGAGAUGGUAUUUCCUUUAUCAGGUACCAGAGGAAGCUGAGUGUUGUUGAUAAGAAGUUCGAUUUGCCUGUGAAUUAUAAUGGCAAUGUGACUGUGAUUUGGGCAUUGGGGUUGAUGAGCCCACCAGAUACCCUUAGGCCAUAUUAUCUGCCUCAAAAUCAUGGAGGUGAGGAGUCUGUGCAGUUUGGUCAUUUACUGCUGAAUGUGUCCGAGAGUGUCGAUGAUUGUCUUGGUCCGCUGGAUGCAGAGGAUAAGGAGGAUCAGGAUUUGAUUAUUGCAGCUCCGAACAUGCCUCUUGUUGUUGUGACUGGUGAGGCAAUGCAUUACCCAAAUCCACCAAACCCUUCAAAGGUGCUCUAUAUAAAUAAGAAGGAGGCACCGGUGCUGCGAGUGGAAAGAGGGGUACAGGUGAAGUUUUCAAUACAAGCAGGGCAUGAUGUUGCAUUCUACAUCACUUCAGAUGUUCUUGGCGGGAAUGCCACUUUGAGAAAUACAACGGAGAUUGUGUACGCUGGAGGGCCCGAAGCUGAAGGAGUCCCUGCCAGUCCAAUGGAGUUGAUUUGGGUACCUGACAGGAACACACCUGAUCAAGUUUACUAUCAGUCUUUGUAUCAUCAGAAAAUGGGAUGGAGAGUUCAGGUGGUUGAUGGUGGUUUAUCUGAUAUGUACAACAACAGUGUUGUUUUGGAUGAUCAACAGGUAAAUUUCUACUGGACUUUGUCUGAGAAGUCAAUAUCAAUUGCUGCACGUGGGGAGAAGAAAAGUGGUUAUCUUGCAAUAGGAUUUGGUAGUGGAAUGGUGAACAGCUAUGCUUAUGUUGGUUGGGUUGACAAUAAUGGCACCGGAAGGGUCAAUACAUACUGGAUAGAUGGGCAAGACGCAUCCAGUGUGCAUCCAACAAAUGAAAAUUUGACAUAUGUGAGGUGCAAGUCAGAAAAUGGGAUUAUCACAAUGGAGUUCACUCGUCCUCUGAAACCGGCAUGCAGUCAUAGCAACAGGCCAGAAUGUAGGAACAUAGUUGACCCAACCACUCCUCUUAAAGUGAUAUGGGCAAUGGGUGCUAAAUGGACUAAUGAGCACUUAAGUGAGAGAAAUAUGCAUCAUGUAACCAGUCAAAGGCCUGUGCGAGUGCUGCUUAUGCGCGGUUCUGCUGAGGCUGAGCAGGAUCUACGGCCAGUAUUAGCAGUUCACGGUUUCAUGAUGUUUCUCGCUUGGGGUAUUUUGCUUCCUGGUGGAAUAUUGGCUGCUAGAUACCUGAAACAUGUAAAAGGUGACCAAUGGUACAAGAUACAUGUUUACUUGCAGUACUCAGGUUUAUCCAUUGUCUUGCUUGCCCUUCUAUUUGCGGUAGCUGAGCUUCGAGGUUUGCGUACGAACUCAUUGCACGUAAAGUUUGGCUUCACUGCUAUAUUUUUGGCCUGUGUACAACCAUUAAAUGCAUAUUUUAGACCGAAAAGACCUUCCAAUGGAGAGGAUGUCUCUUCGAAAAGGAUUCUCUGGGAAUAUUUUCAUGUGAUAGUUGGCAGAUUGGCCAUUGUCGCUGGUAUGGCUGCCCUGAUAAGUGGAAUGAAGCUCUUAGGAGCCAGAUAUGGUGGUGAAAAUGUUCAUGGACUUGAUUGGGCUUUAGUUAUUUGGUUCUUGAUUGGUGCACUGAUAGUCAUGUACCUGGAAUACCGUGAAAAGCAGCGGCAAAGGGAGAGGAUAUAUGGAAGAAGUAGCUGGGUGUUGGGUAAUCUGGAGGAAGAUGAUUCCUUGGAUCUUUUGAGCCCAAGAGGAAUUGCUGGAGAAAAGGAGGCUCAACCUUCCGGGAGAAUGGAAGUUCAGCUAGAACCUUUGGCCAGAUAGAAAAUUUUUGGGCAUGAAAUCACCAGUCGCAGUUUUGUUUGUGGACAUUUUUCCAUGCAUAUGGAAAACAUGAGGCCCUUCUAUCCGUUUGAAAGUUCUUUUGCUGCUAGAUAGGAGUCAAAUGCGGAUCACCUGGCAAAAAGUAUGUCAAUUUCCUAGUCAUCAGAGUCCUGUGAGAAGUUUGAUGGUAUCUACAGAGGGUCAAAUUCUGUUAUCCUGCAGAAUUGAUAGCAUGUGAGUCCCAUUAUUGGCACUUGCCAGUCGGUCGCCAAUGGGAUGGUGGACUUUUUUCUACAGCUGGUGCUCAAGUAGAUAUUUGGAAUCAGAACAGGUGUUCGUAGACAGUAAUUUCUCUUCUUUUUUGUGAUGGCACUUAAUCUUAUCCCGACACUUCAUAUUGUCCUUCC